AUGGUCAUCCGUUGGCGGCCAACUCUGCAGCUGACCGGCUGGCAGCAGCACCAGUGUGAGUACGGCAAGAACAGUGUGAAAGACCGGGAGGAGUGCAUCAAGCGCUGGGAGAGGGAGAACUUCUGCUGGGAGAAGUUCCCUUUCUUCGUAGAUUACCUGCUCAGCGAGCAGAAGUUCACGCAUAUGGUGCUUCUUGACGCAGAUGCUGCGCUGGUCAGGCAUAAUGUCAACAUCCUCGGGGGCAUCGCCACACAGAUGCAGCAGCAGAACGUGGAUGUGUUCCUGACCAACGAGGACUGGUUGAAGAAUGGUAAGGAGAGGAUCAACGGCGGGGUGAUCAUGGCCAGAAACUCAAAGUGGGCUGAAGACAUGUUCCAGGAUACCUGGGAUGCACAUCGCCUCGGUCCAGAAACGCCGAAGGAAUGGCGCAUCGGGAAGACGGGCGUCCUGUGCAUGAGCAACGAGCAGAUUUGUCUCAACGACUUGUUCUACGGCCCUGGCCGCAAGCUGAUUCAGGGGCACAUGGCCUUCGAGAGCGGCAUCGUCUACAAUCGCGGCGGCUGCACCUUGCGGCACUGUUUCGAGCCGAUCUCAGACAAGUCUAUGGAGGACUUGCGCUUGAAUGAUGACCGGCUGCAGAUCGUCCACUUCAUGGGUGGAAGCAAAGGCUUCGCCCCAGAAGUCCUUUGCGACGAGGGCCAAAACUUUACCGGCGAAGACCACGAGGGCUACGGCUGCCGCAAGUGA